AUGUCGUCUGUGGAAGAAUUGACUCAUCUCUUUUCCCAAGUUGGGUUUGAAGAUAAUAAAGUUAAGGAGAUCGUCAAGAAUAAAAAGGUUUCCGACUCUCUUUCCAAAUUGAUUAAGGAGACACCUUCCGAUUACCAAUGGAACAAAUCUACUAGAGCACUAGUGCACAAUUUAGCUUCCCUUAUAAAAGGUGCUGACCUUCCUAAGUCUGACUUGAUUAUUAGUGGUAUUAUCAAUGGUAACUUAAAGACGUCUUUGCAAGUCGAUGGGGCAUUCAAAUAUGUGAAAGCUAAUGGCGAUGCAUCUACCGUGGACGGUAUGAAUGAAAACUCUGGUGUGGGUAUUGAAGUCACCGAGGAUCAAGUCAGGAACUAUGUUAUGCAAUACAUUCAAGAAAAUAAAGAAAGCAUUAUGAAGGAACGUUACAAGCUAGUACCUGGCAUUUUCGCUAAUGUUAAAAACUUAAAGGAAUUAAAAUGGGCUGACCCACGUAGUUUUAAGCCAAUUAUUGACCAAGAAAUUCUAAAACUUUUAGGCCCAAAGGACGAAAGGGACUUAGUCAAGAAAAAGGUCAAGAAUAACGAAAAAAAGAAAACUACUUCUGCCAAGAAAACUUCUGAUGAUUCCGCCACAACCGGCCCAAAGAGAACCAUGUUUAAUGAAGGUUUCUUGGGUGAUUUGCAUAAGGUCGGCGAAAACCCACAAGCUUACCCAGAGUUAAUGAAAAAACAUCUGGAGGYUACAGGUGGUAAAGUCCGCACUAGAUUCCCACCGGAACCCAAUGGUUAUUUGCAUAUUGGUCAUUCUAAAGCUAUCAUGGUCAACUUCGGCUACGCCAAAUACCACGGUGGCACUUGCUAUUUAAGAUUUGAUGAUACCAACCCAGAAAAGGAAGCUCCUGAAUAUUUUGAAUCUAUCAAGAGAAUGGUCUCUUGGCUAGGUUUCGAACCAUGGAAAAUUACUUAUUCCAGUGAUUACUUUGACGAACUAUAUGGAUUGGCUGAAGUUCUGAUCAAUAAUAACAAAGGUUAUAUCUGCCAUUGUACUGCGGAGGAUAUCAAAAGAGGACGUGGUAUUAAAGAAGAUGGUACCCCAGGUGGUGAAAGAUUUGCUUGUAAACAUCGUGAUCAAUCGAUAGAGCUAAACUUGCAAGAGUUCAGAAACAUGAGGGAUGGCAAAUAUAAACCUGGUGAAGCUAUUUUAAGAAUGAAACAAGACCUAGGUUCACCAAGUCCACAAAUGUGGGAUUUGAUUGCUUAUAGAGUCUUGAAUGCUCCACAUCCAAGAACUGGUACUAAAUGGAAGAUAUACCCUACUUAUGACUUUACCCAUUGUUUAGUAGAUUCUAUGGAAAAUAUCACUCAUUCUUUGUGCACCACUGAAUUUUACCUAUCCAGGGAAAGUUACGAAUGGUUAUGUGACCAAGUUCAUGUCUUUAGACCUGCUCAAAGAGAAUAUGGUCGUUUGAACAUUACUGGUACAGUUUUAUCCAAGAGAAAGAUUGCUCAGCUAGUAGAUGAAAAAUUCGUUAGAGGCUGGGAUGAUCCAAGGUUAUUCACCCUUGAAGCUAUUCGCAGACGUGGUGUCCCACCUGGUGCCAUUUUAUCAUUUAUUAACACUUUGGGUGUUACAACAAGUACUACAAACAUUCAAGUUGUCAGAUUUGAAAGCGCCAUUAGAAAGUACCUAGAGGAUACUACACCAAGAUUAAUGUUUGUCUUGGAUCCUGUUGAAGUUGUUGUAGACAAUUUAACUGACGACUUUGAAGAAUUGGCAACUAUUCCAUUCAGACCUGGUACUCCAGAAUUCGGCGAGAGAACUGUACCAUUUACAAACAAAUUCUAUAUCGAAAGAUCAGACUUCUCAGAAAAUGUCGAUGAUAAAGAAUUUUUCAGAUUAACUCCAAACCAAUCAGUUGGUUUGAUCAAAGUUUCUCACACAGUUUCCUUCAAAAGCUUGGAAAAAGAUGAAACUGGUAAAAUCAUAAGAGUCCACGUUAACUAUGAUAAUAAGGUUGAAGAAGGUACGAAGCCAAAGAAACCAAAGACUUAUAUUCAAUGGGUUCCAGUCUCUUCUAAGUACAACUCUCCAUUAAGAGUUGUUGAAACUAGAGUUCACAACCAAUUGUUCAAAUCUGAAAAUCCAUCGUCUCAUCCUCAAGGUUUCUUAAAGGAUAUUAAUCCAGAAAGUGAAAUCGUUUAUAAAGAAUCUGUUAUGGAACACAACUUUGGCCACGUUGUCAAAAACAGUCCAUGGGUCGUUGAUUCUGUCAAAAAUUCGGAAUUUUACGUCGGGGAAGAUAAGGAAGCUAAGGAAGUUUGUAGAUUCCAAGCUAUGAGAGUAGGAUAUUUUACUUUGGAUAAAGAUAGUACAGCUGAUAAGGUCAUUUUGAAUAGAAUUGUUAGUUUAAAGGAUGCCGCUUCCAAAUAA